AUGGCUGCCAAUACACCAAAAAAAUAUCCAUUAGGCUCACCACAGGAACAUGUAGAAAUGUGUAAAACCCACGAAUUACUUAUUGAUAUGAUGUGUGAGGACUGUGAUGAAUUUAUUUGUGAAACAUGCGCCAAAACAGAUCAUAGAAAUCAUGACUGGAAAACUAUAUCCACAGCUGCCACCCUUAGGAGAAGAGGUUUGCUUACAUUUCUGAAAAAGAUUAAGAAAGAAGAUCUACAUAAGGUUGACGAAAAGCUAGAGAAGUUGUCACAACGGAUCACAGAAAAUAAACAACUGUGUGAUUCUGAGAUGAAAACGCUACAGAAGCAUUAUGAUGAGAUAAUGGACAGGCUUACAGAAAUUAAACAGCGCCUUGAAAACAUAAUGAAAGACAACUUGAUUAAAAAGAAUGAACAAGUAAAAUGUGAGAAGAAUCGGUUAGAGAAGAAGAAGAGAGGAAUUGUUGACACAGUUGAUUAUUUGGAGGAGAACAACGGCACCAUGUCGGAUUACAGCUUGAUUGACAACCACAGAGAACUGACAAAACUAUUGUCUGAAAUAGAGGUUCAAAUGACAAAUUGUGAGCAUUCAGUGAGGUUCACUAGAGGGAAAAUUAAUGACGACUUUCUUGAUUCUUUGGUUGGAAAUACAUUGGACUUGGAUGACUUUGGUGUAGCUCUAAUUAAAUCAUUUCGAUAUGGAGAAAAAGUGAUAUUUUCGAUGGCGACAGUUAGUGAAAACCAAUGUUACUUACAUGAACUGAUUUCAAAAUACUUAGGAAAAGUCAAUCAGCAAGGCAUUGAAGAAAAUAGAUUUAAUAUUAUCCCUAACGACAUAUGUGUGACUGAUAAUAGUGAUAUUUAUUUGAUUGAUUUUAAUAAUGAUUCCAUCAACUAUUUGACACCAUCGGGAUCUGUCUCUAAAGUCAUCAGUAUGGAUUCAUUGAGACCAUUAGGAAUCUGUCAGUCAGUGGACGGUGGACUACUGGUCACCUUAAUAGACACAAUAUCCGAUCGAUACGAAUUACAAUCAAACAGCAAGCGUCUGCUUAGACACAUCACAGUGACAGGUGAUGUCAUUCAUGAGUAUGAGUACCAGGAGGACUGUCAGACCAGACUGUUUACGAUGCCAUACAGAGUCGAACAGAACAGAAACUGUGAUAUCUGUGUUGUGAACUUUACAAGUAAAACUACAGGUGAAUUAGUGACUAUGUCUUUCUCUGGUCAUAAAAAAUUUAUCUACCGUGGACAGAACCUGACAGAAAACUUUUUUCCAUUUGAUGUAGUUUGUGACUCCCUCUGUAACAUCCUUGUUACUGACGUUUACAACAAACAAAUCCAUCUACUGAGUCCUAACGGGAAGUUUUUGAAGUUCUUACUGACAGACAAUGACGAGAACCGUCCAUGCUCACUGUCUUUAUACAAAUCUACACUGUGGGUGGGGUACUGGGAAGGACUUAUCAAAGUGUUUCAAUUUGGAAUGUAA